AUGGCGGAGCCGGGGAGAGCCGGUGGGAGCCCCGAGGCCCCCGUGCAGGUGUCUAUCAUUGUGCCUGUUCACAACAGUGAAUGCUGGUUAGAUGAAUGCCUAAAGUCAGUUUGGGAACAAGAUUUUAAGGGAACCAUGGAGCUGUCAAUUUUUAAUGAUGCCAGUAAGGAUGGUUCAGCUGAAAUAAUUGAAGAAUGGAAGAUCAAGUUGGAGGAAGUUGGUGUUUCAGUAAUCAUUGGAACCAAUGAUUCCUCUCAGCCUGGAGGUGUUGGAUUUGCUAAAAAUCAAGCAGUAAUUCAGAGCUCAGGAACUUAUCUCUGCUUUCUGGAUUCAGAUGAUGUGAUGAUGCCACAGCGGGUUAGGCUGCAGCACGAAGUUGCCAUUCAACACCCAAACAGUAUUAUUGGUUGCCAAGUCAGAAGAGAGCCACUGGACUCUACUGAACGAUACACUCGCUGGAUCAAUAACCUAACCCAGGAGCAACUUCUUACACAGGUGUUCACCUCCCAUGGGCCUACUGUGAUCAUGCCAACCUGGUUCUGCUCUCGAGAAUGGUUUUUUCGUGUGGGAAGAUUUGAUGAGGGUGGAAAGGGUGUCCCAGAGGAUUUGUUGUUUUUUUAUGAACAUCUCAAGAAGGGUGGUGGAGUCUUUCGAGUGAACCAUUGCCUCCUGCUCUACCGGUACCACCCCCAGGCUGUGACCCACUCUGUCCUAGAGGGAACCAUCUGGAAUCACCGAGUCAGGUUUCUUGAGGACAGAGUCCUGAGCUCCUGGACAUCAUUCACCAUUUGGAAUGCUGGCAAGCAAGGCAAGAAGCUCUACAGAAGCUUGUCACCAGCAAAUCAGAAAAAGGUAACUGCAUUUUGUGAUGUCGAUGAAAAGAAAAUAACAAAAGGAUUCUACACUUAUGAGGAAUCUGAGGAGAGACCAAAACCCAAAAUUCCAGUGUGUCACUUCAGGGACGCGACUCCGCCCUUUGUGAUCUGUGUGAAGCUGGACUUGACAGGUGGAGCCUUUGAAACAAACCUGGACACGCUGAACCUGAAGGAAGGGGUUGAUUAUUAUCACUUUAACUAAACCAAGGAAGGGCAGAGGAGCAGUGGCUGCACAUCUGUGUCUGGAAUGUGGCGCUGCCAGCCUGGAAUGCUCUCUGGAAUGAGGCUGGAA